AACCUGUUCUCCAGUCGUUUUCUUUACCCCUCGCCCCCGAGCUGCUGUUGUAGGAUUCACAGUGAUGCAAAGUUAAAAGAUCCUUUUUCACUCGCGCACGAGGAUCUGAAAAAUCUGUACGAAGACAUUAAAAAGCUACUCGUGUCCAAAGCGGAGCUGAAAGCACUGUGUGAUUAUUACUUUGAUGGGAAGGGAAAAGCUUUCCGGCCAAUGAUCGUGGUGUUAAUGGCCCGAGCCUGUAACAUACACAGCAACAGAGACGGGGAUCUGCUCCCGGCCCAGCGCUCCAUCGCCAUGAUCUCUGAGAUGAUCCACACAGCCAGCUUAGUGCACGAUGACGUCAUCGACGGUGCGGAUAUGAGACGAGGAAAAACCACUAUUAAUGAAGUGUGGGGAGAGAGGAAGGCCAUCCUGGCUGGAGAUUUCAUUCUCUCUGCAGCGUCCAUGGCCCUCGCACGCAUCGGGAACACCACUGUCGUGUCUGUGCUCUCGCAGGUCAUAGAGGAUCUGGUCAGAGGUGAAUUCAUGCAGUUGGGAUCCAAAGAAAACGAGAACGACAACCAAAAUCCUCCUACUCACUUACCAAAAUACACGCCGAGCGGUAGGCUGGUGGAUGACAUGCUGGAUUUCACGUCUUGUGCCAAUCGGCUGGGGAAGCCGUCGGCCGCAGACCUCAGGCUGGGAUUGGCCACCGGACCGGUGCUGUUCGCCUGCCAACAGUUUCCAGAGCUUCACGCUAUGAUUAUGAGACGUUUUGGUUCAGAUGGAGAUGUUGAUCAGGCCUGGAGAUACGUCCUGGAGAGCGAUGGUGUGGAGCAGACGAGUUUCCUCGCCCAGCAUUACUGCCACGAGGCCACGCGUCAGAUCAGCCGUCUGCAGCCGUCCCCUGAGCGAGACGCCCUGAUCCGCCUCACCGAGCUCGUCCUCAACCGGGACAAAUGAACCUGGAACCUCCAGAGCUUCACUACAGGCAGCUACACACCUCGAUAUCACCCACACACACACACACACACACACACACUUACAGCGGUCUGGUCCGGUCACACACGCUGCUCUGUCUGGGACUGGAUUCGACACCUGCGCCUUAACGCCUCACCCAAAUCCGCUAACUGAAGCAUCUCACUGUGCAGGAGGUGCGCGUCUUUCACCACUCUUAUAAUUGUUACCGUUUUUGGGUGAAGGAUGUGUUUUGUUUCGAGAUCAUUUUUUUUUACAUUGUCACUGUACUGUACCGUACGUGUCCUCUUCUGCAGAAGCAGGGCAUUAUGGGAUACGACGACAUCAGGAGGCUUCGCCGUUACUUAUUUGACCGAAACUCUUACAGACGCCUCCGGAAGAGCCGUCCGUCCGUCCGUCAGUCUGACCGCCGUCCGUCCGUCAGAAAAGGCCAUCGAGGUCAUGACGUGUGUAACAGAGUGAACGGAUCGACGUGUGACGUUAUUUAUAAACCCGUACGACAGACACGGCCUGGAAUCCACGACGGACUGAUAUUAAACAGGAUAUUUUUUAAGCUAAA